AUGGAGUCUGGCUUCACCUCCAAGGAUACUUACCUGAACCAUUUUAACCCUCGAGAUUACCUAGAAAAAUUGUACAGCUUUGGGUCCACACACUCUGCAGAAAACGAGAUUCUUAAGCUUCUUCUGAAAAAUCUUUUCAAUAUAUUCUGUAUGGCUGGCGUGAAGGGAGACCUCUUGAUUGACAUUGGCUCUGGCCCCACCAUCUAUCAGUUCCUCUCUGCUUGUGAAUCUUUCAAGACAAUCAUUGCUACUGACUACGCUGACCAGAACCUGCAGGAGCUGGAGAAGUGGCUGAAGAAGGAGCCAGGGGCCUUUGACUGGUCUCCAGUAGUGGCCUACGUGUGUGAGCUCGAAGGGAACAGGACCAAGGUGCAGGAGAAGGAGGAGAAGCUGCGGCGGGCGGUCAAGCAGCUGCUGAAGUGUGACGUGAGCCAGAGCCGGCCGCUGGGGGCAGCCGCCCUGCCCCCGGCCGACUGCCUGCUCAGCACGCUGUGCCUGGAUGCCGCCUGCCCCGACAUGGCGGCCUUCCGCGCGGCGCUCAGCAACCUGGGCGGCCUGCUCAAGCCGGGGGGCCACCUAGUGCUCGUGGACGCCCUGAGGAGCAACUACUACAUGCUGGGCGAGCAGAGGUUCUCCAGCCUCUUCCUGGACGAGGAGACGGUGCAGGCGGCGGUGAGAGAGGCCGGCUACACCAUCAAGCAGUUCAAGGUGACCUCCCAGCGUUAUUCUUCCAUCAAGACCAACUGCGAAGGCCUUUUCUUCCUGGUGGGGCAGAAGCUGAGCAGAGCUGCGUGA